GAACACGUCUGGCGUGCAUGCGUAUGUAAACAUGUCCAUGGUAAGUACAGUAAGGACCAUACUGGUCUGUCAGUCUGUCCAGAAAAAAAAAAAAAAGGUAAGUAUCCUGUCCAGUCAGUGGAUCCUCAUCGUCACCAGCGAGAUGCGAUCACCACAUCCCGCGACCAGAGCCCUCUGCUGCCAACAAGUCUGAGGGAGUUGCGGGCGUGAAUGUAAGUAUUAUUAAACAAAGUGGGCGUGUGGGGGGAGGGAUGUGAGGUGAUGGCGGGAGUCUGUGGGUGCCUCUCGGCGUGGCGGGUCACGUUCUCAGUUCUCCCUUCCCCUUACUCCGGCACAAACCCUCGUGCCGCCCAGUGGUGAUGCUCUCGCAGUUAAUCAGAGGAUCACAGAACGCAAUAGAGAAAAAAUUGACUGGUAACAUUAAAAAGAGUUUCUCACAGCAAGACAUCGUGCAUUCCAAUGAUUUAACCCAGCUGUACAUAAAUGGAAAAUUUUUAUUGGUAGUAUUAGUAGACAUUUCGGUCACAAAUCGCUAAGUGACAAAAGGCAAUUUGAGUGCGACGCCUUCCCUGCUAUUCAUUUAUUGUCAUUGUUAUUAUUAUUGUCACUUCCUUUCGGCUGAAGGUAGGAGACAAACGUGCAAGCUGGGUACAAAGAGCAAGGACCUUGGAAACACGCUGGUCACCAGGGCGAGCAGUGUGUUGGAUGCUGGCCACACCAAGGUCUCUAACCUUGGGCACAGUACCUCACCGACCAGAGCAGCGUUAAAAUAGCAUUGCGGAACAGACGAAAUAUAGUGGACGACAGAUACUUUGCGUUUUCCUGUGCCUCCUGUCUCCCUUCCCGGCCAGAGGCAGGGAAGUCACACUGCCCUGUACCUGGCACCUGCACUUGGCACUGUGGCUAUGAUUGCGUGCCUCUGUUGCUUCUCUCUAUAGUCACCUGGCUGACGCGCAUGCCACCUGGCGGGACACUGAGCGCCCUCCAUAAUACCACGAGGGAAAAUGGCAUUCCGGGUGAAGGUAGCGGCCUUGCUGCUGACAGUCCUGCCCUCACUGACUGACGCUUCAACGGGUGAGGCUGUGGCACUGAUAACGGCGGCGCGGGAGGGACGCGUGAAGGAAGUGAGGGCGCUGCUGGACGACGGUAUUCCGAUCGACAGCACGGAUGAUGCAGGAAAGACUGCACUGCAUGAAGCUGCCUCGUUUGGCCGCGAGGACAUCGUCAGUCUUCUCCUCGAACACGACGCCAAUGUGGCAGCUGUGGACGCCACCGGGAAGGUGGCGCUGCACGAGGCGGCCUGGCUGGGGCGGAAGGGAGUGGUGGAGGCCCUGCUCGCUCACAACGCCAAUGUUCUCGCCACUGACAAUAAUGGCCAGACGCCCCUGCAUUACGCCAGCGAGCAGCGACAGACGGCGGUGGUGCGGACCCUGCUGGAUCACGGGGCCCUGGUGAACGCCAAGGACAAGGGCGGCCUGUCGCCCCUCCACUACGCCUCCUUGUUCGGCCAGGUGGAGGUGGCAGAAACGCUACUAGAACACGACGCCGACCCAGCUGCGCGCACUGACCUAGGCCAAACGCCGCUACACUUCGCUGUGGAGCACCGGCAGCAGGCAGUGGCCGCGAUACUGCUACAGCAGGAGGCACCGCUGGACGCCGUGGACGGCAACGGCAACACGGCGCUCCAUUUAGCCGUCCGGGACAAGAAUACUAAAAUAGCCGAGAUGCUUCUCUUAAGGUGCCCAGACUUGACCCUCAGGAACCUCAACCGCAAGAAAGCGGUGGACGUGGCGCGCGAGGAGGGCAUGGACCAGCUGGCGGCGCUCAUACAGGCCCAAAGUCGAGUGCCGUGCCAAACGGAAGGCGCCAGCUGCCAGAAGGGGGAGGUGCUGGGGGUGGCUCCUUUGCAGCGCCUCACCUGUAGAGACACCUGGAAGCCCACUCCACUCCCCGAGGCAGGAUACAGUUGCCGCGUGGGAAGCCAGGUGCUGAACCACGGCUCCAGCUGGCACGACGGGUGUCACAGCUACAGGUGUGUGUUGGGACAGGUGUGGAGGAACCCGGAAGUGUCUGGUACCUGUUGCGUGACAGACGAGGGAGAGUACGGGGACGGCGCUACCUGGACUGAUGAGUGUCAGUACCUGGAAUGCCGGGCGGGGAAGGUGGAGAAGCUAGCCAUCGCGGGAUCGUGCUGCCGGGACGGUGAUGACGUGUAUGGCGAGGGCGAGGAGUGGUCGUCGGGCUGCCAUCAGUGGGUGUGUCGCUCCGGCAAGCCUCAAGUCAACGGCACCUUGCCCAUAUGCUGCGAGGUGAUGGGGGAGAUGUACCGUAAUGGCGCUCGCUGGCCCAUGGGAUGCUUCUACGCGUGGUGCAACGACGGCUUCAUUGAGACCUAUGCCAUGAUGCGCGUCUGCAAGAUGCUCUUCAUGAUGGUGGUGCUGGCGGUGGGCGGCGUCGUCACCUCUGUAGUGCUUACCAUUGCCCUCCUGCGCGUCCGGAAGAUUCCCCCUCGACCUCACACCAAGGAGCGCCUCGUCGAAGCCAACUCCACCACAGCACCCACGCCCCAGCCGUCCUAACGCCCCGCUAACCCAACCCACUGACUCCGAGAUGCGAUAGAUGGUGGUGGUGGUGGUGAGAGUGCCCUAUUUCUCUCUCUCUCUCUCUCUCUCUCUCUCUCUCUCUCUCUCUCUCUCUCUCUCUCUCUCUCUCUCUCUCUCUCUCUCUCUCUCUCUCUCUCCCGACGGGUUUGUGUGAAGGAGAAAAGCAAGGUGUGGUGGUAAUGGUGAUGUUGUACAGGAGAAGGUGUAGGUGGAGGUGUAGGUGGAGGUGGAGGUGGAAGUGGUGGAUGGAGGAGGAGGAGGAGGAGGAGGAGGAGGAGGAGGAGGAGGAGGAGGAGGAGGAGGAGGAGGAGGAGGAGGAGGAGCAAGAAGAAGAAGAAGAAGAAGAAUGAUAUAAAAAACGAAGAUGAACAACAACAUCAAUAACAACAACGACACCAUCAACAACGACAUAACUGACACAAUAAUGAUGAUCCAUGAACUCAGUCAUUAGCAAGAAUGAGACGGAACUAAAAGAAAAACACACUCACUCGUAUACUCAAGACAGGGUGCUUAGAACAAUGAAAACUAAACAAGGAAGAAAACGCGAGGCACACCACCAAUGACUAAGGACUCCCUCGUGAUGAAGUCAGUUAGGCGUUUUCUUAGUUUUUUUUUUUUUUUUUUUGCUAUGGCUCGUUCACGUGUUGCAUAAGACAGUCGCAGUUGCCUAAUAAGGGUCCCUCGCCUCGCCGCCUUAGGUAAACACAAAGGGGAGGAACACCUGUGCCCCGAGUGACGCGCAAGGACUGAGUGGUGCUAUUACCUCACUGACGGACGAGGAAACAUGCGCCAAAAUAUUAAAGUGAGGAUAAUUCAGGAGCUGACUUGGUUUGGAUUUGUUUUUACGUGAUUUGGAGAUACAGAAUACUGUGCCAGAGAGUAAAAUGUGGAAAACUACCAUGCUGGCUUUGCCUAUUUGUUUUUUUACGUGAUUUAGGGACUGGCCAAAGGUGACAGAAAAAGUGACCAUGGCCAGUUCAGUUUCUCGGGUCCCCUGAUAAUUCUCUCCUAAAGGAAGUAAGUCACGGGAAAGUGGACAACAGUGUGUUGCCGAGUGUUCCAGUUCAUACAGUGUUGUGGAGUGUUGUGAUGUGAGGGACACUGGCUCGUGGUGCGUUGUGAAGGGCGAGAUGGCUGUGAGCUUCGCCGACAGGUUUUUAACGUCAUUCUUGGUUUUGUAUAUUUUAUAUUCACCCUCUGCAUUCUUGGUAGGUCUUGGUUUUGUUAUGAGCUCUUAUCUAACAUCAACACACACAUUCAGGUUUACGCUCAUGUUUGUUCCAUCACGUGCAACUUCAAGUGUACAUGCCCACGCAACCACACUCCUGUAGGUUGUACGUCAGAGGUGGAGCAGAUGAGUUAUGCAUAACUCUCUCUCUCUCUCUCUCUCUCUCUCUCUCUCUCUCUCUCUCUCUCUCUCUCUCUCUCUCUCUCUCUCUCUCUUGCCACGGCCAUGGUGCUUAGAUCAGUCUCCUUGGCCUUGAGUUCUAAGUGAACACAGACUCGAAAAAAUCUACAUUAACCGCCACUUUCAGGUCACCAGUUUGCUUUCCUCGAGUUUCUCUUAAGAUCAAUAAAUCCACUCACUCAAGCUCAUGCGGAAAAAGAGCUUGUAGUUACAUUCUAAAAAUUCACUGGCGGUGACAAAGAGCUUGAUGAGUCUACAGCCGUGUACUGGAUAAACCCACGGUGUGUUCAUUCCCCGGGGCUGCACCACACUCAAGUGAUCCUUUCCCUCCCUUGGUUGCUCUCAAUAACAACGAGUUUAUUUUUCUAUAUUAACACCAUCCUGCUGAACCUUUCUGCUGAUACUGUAAUUGAGACAAAAAAUAAAAAGAAAACACUGA